UAUUGCAACUUGGAAACGUGAGAGGCCGGGCGUUGAGGAUUGAUAAUGACAUUCUACUGCUUCCUUUCACAACUAUUGUGUAUUCACGUUGUCCAAAUGCUGCUGAUACGAAGACUACCUUCAACGGCGAGUUCACUUGUGACAACUGCUUUUCCAUGGCGGAGCAGGCCUCCUAUUUUUCAUACUGAAGCUGAACUCGUAUUUGUAAAAUCAGUCUCUUUUUAUCCUAAACCUUGUAGCCUCUCCUUGUAUUCCACUUCCACCUCACACUCAGAAACUUCCUCCGAAUUCUCAGACUUAAUCGACGAACAAUCGUCGAAACGCGGGCCUCUAGAACCUGGAUUGUAUCUAGUUGCAACACCAAUUGGAAACCUUGAAGAUAUCACCUUACGAGCUCUCCGUGUCUUAAAGUCUGCUAAUGUGAUACUUUCAGAAGACACGAGGCAUUCUGGAAAGUUACUUCAGCAUUACAAUAUUAGAACUCCGCUGCUGAGUUAUCACAAGUUUAACGAGUCACAAAGAGAACAAACAGUGUUGAAAAGGUUGAAACAGGGUGAAAUUGUGGCACUGAUCAGUGAUGCCGGGACACCUGGCAUUAGUGAUCCUGGUACAGAAUUGGCAAAGUUAUGUGUGGAUCAGAGUAUUCCUGUUUUUCCUAUUCCUGGGCCUUCUGCAUUUGUAGCUGCCCUAUCUGCUUCAGGCUUGGCCACCAAUGAGUUUACCUUUGUUGGUUUUCUUCCUAAACAUACUGGAUCAAGGAGAGAGAGACUUAUGGUUUCUGCCAGUGAACCGAAAACCCAAAUAUUUUAUGUUCCUCCUCACAAGCUUUGUCAAUUUCUUGAAGAAACAUCCUCAAUUUUUGGUUACUUGCGACGGUGUGUCAUAGCUCGGGAAAUAACAAAGAUCCAUGAACAGUUCUGGCGGGGCACCUUAGGGGAAGCCAAAGAUGCAUUCUCAACUCAACAACCAAAAGGAGAAAUUACACUCUUAGUUGAAGGCAAGGCAAUUUGUGCAGUUGAAGCUCCAUCAGAGGAUCAGCUUGAGAAUGAGUUGAGAGAAUUGAUCUCCAGUGGGCACAAUCUUUCUAUGGCUGUCAAAUUGGUGGCUGAAGGAACAUCAGUGAGAAGGAAAACUGUAUAUUCUCUGGCAUUGAAGAAAUUUGGGAAGCAACUUGAAGCAGAGGAUGAUUUAAAUAAAUGCUAAUCAUCCUCUGAGUGGGUUCUGUUACUUGCUAUUUUAUUUUUCUUUUACUUGUAGUAAUACAUUUGUCAGAAGUGACGGUCUCUAUAGCCCCUCUCUUGACACGACUGAAUGAAUUUGCAUUUUGGUGUCAA